GUCGUGAAACAGGGAGGUAGCGGCUGCUGGCACUGAAUGGAAAUACCGGAGAACCAAAGACAGACGGAAGCGGUGAUCACCGGCAGACCAGAGAUCUAGGACGGAGAUAAACAAGGUUACCAUCAGGUAAGAACAGGGAGGUCAUAUGUCAAGCAUGCCUUCGUUAGUGUUGAAAUGCAUGCUGCUGUGCUCGCUGAUGGGUGGAACGACGUGUGCCUGUGCGCUGAAGAAUCAUACCUUAUGGAUUGAGAGGCAUGACUGUGACCAGUGUGUGGCCAUCAACACCACUAUCUGCAGUGGCUACUGUUACACACAGGACACCAAUUUGAGGGGACGGUUUGGGAGGACCUUCGUUAUCCAGCGCAGCUGUGUGCCUCUUUCCCUGGUGUACCGAGUCGCCCGUGUGCCAGGCUGCCCUCAGGAUGUCAACGCACAGCUGUAUUAUCCUGCUGCCCGCCGUUGCAGCUGCAGGCGCUGUGACGCACGCACACACCACUGUAUCCGCACCAGCCGAAUCUCAUAUUUUGACCGAUGCACCAUGACCCUUAGCAGCAGCAGCGUGAAGAGCCAGACCCAGCCCGCUUCGGAAACCUGAACAUGACACAACAGCUGACACAACCAUUGCAUUGCAAAUGAUACAGCUGUUCUCGAUGGACCAGCAGUGUUUCUGCUUGUCGAUGUUAUUGUGGUGCAUCUCAGCUCCUCAGCUGGUCACGUUGUUUUCUCUAGUUUGUUAG